CAGCUCUGAACACACAGAUUCAAAGAACAUCUCACUCUACUACCGUCCUCGCAGAGCAAACAUGCUUUGAUUAUAUCCGGUCCUCGUCUCUCUCCACAGCUCUGUGUACAACCUUACACCUUGUGCAGGAUGUUUGAGUAACAGAUGGAGACGCUGCCUCCUUAUUCCGUUCUUACUACGAAGAUCCUGAACUUUGCUGCCAACAUUUAUAUGCCGCCCAGUGCAUAUCACAAGAGUUUGGCUCCCGAACGCUCUACUUGAGGAUGUAGUCUGCAGCUUCGGUGGAACUUUUCUUACUGGAAGAAGAACAAAGUUUUGAAAAUUAUAAUUUUUCUGACUUAAGAAGGAAAUUUAAGGAACCGUUCAGCAGUAUGGAGGACUCACUUCCAGUAAAUCCUAUCAUAUAUUAGGAGAAUAUACAACAAAAGAAAUGUCGGUUCCAACAACUCUUCUGUACGCAAAUAACACCAGGUUAGAUGCAGAGACACCAAAGUCCGCAUCUACUAGUAAUAUCUUUCUUUUUUGUCUUACACUAACGCUGACGUUGAUCGUGUUGGUGAGCAGCCUCUAUUCUCUGGUGUCCUUGGUCAGGAUAAAGAACAGGUCUGCCUUGUCUAUGUUAGUGGCUUCCUUGUGUGUGGAUGACUUACUGUGUGUAGCACCUGCGUCUAUGUUCAUGGUAAAACAAUGGACUAACAGCUUGCUUUCUCCGCCACUGUGUACCGCCGCAGCUUUCCUCUACCUUUUCCAGGGAGUAUCAAGCAAUUUAAAGGCAUCUAUAAUAAUUUGCUACAACUUCUGUACAGCCACAAGAACAGCGAACUAUGAAACCACCAAAAUGCCUCCUAAGAUAUCAUGGGCAAUUGUCAGCACAUGGCUCGUGAGUUUGAUAAUAAGUGCACUUCCUUUUUGUGGUUGGGGUGCUUUCAGUGCCACGUCUUGGGGAUGCCUUAUAGACUGCACCAGUUCUUAUGUGCUGUUUUUAUUUGCUUUGUAUUCGUUCUGUUUUUGCGUCCUGACAGUCUUCUCCGUCCCUCUAACUCACCAGUUGCUUUGCUCGGACAACAAGGAACAGCUACUAUAUUUCAAUUAUAGAGAUAUUGCUAAAGGUUAUUUAACCCCGAAUACACCUUUGGGCAGCAACGCCUCGUCUAUGUCUCCUGAUAAUCCUGCUGGAAAAACCUUGAAGAAUUUCAAUGAGAAUAGCGUGAGCUCAGAGGCAAUGUACAAGAGGAGUCUGGGUGACGACAGGCACUACACAGGCGGCACCAGAGGAGGCAGGAGUGUGACCGUGCUCUUUGCUCAGAAACGCUUUUCCCUCAUCCUUGCCUUGGCUAAAGUCACGCUCUGGCUUCCAAUCAUGAUCCAGAUGGCUGUUCAGCACAUUGUUGGCUUCCAGAACAUUUCUUUUGAGACAUUAAGUUUCCUUCUGACUUUGUUAGCUGCCACCACCACUUCGAUAUUUGUUCUGUCUGAGUAUUGGAGUCAUCUCCCAUGUGGCUGCAUCAUCAACUGCAAAAAGAAUGGGUACUACAUGUCACCCGAAGAUUGCCAAGUCAAGAAAAGAGGAUUUGAUUUCAACCUUUCCUUCAAUAAAGGUUAUGGCAUUUACAAGAUAUCCCACGAAAAUCACAACACUGCAGAGAACUCUGUUUCGUACCAUAAUUUAAUAAAUUACGAAUGUGAGAACACCAAUGACCUUCGUUGUGAGAGGAUCCUGAAUUCGGCCAUACUGGAUUUCAGCACUAUCAGUCUGCAGGACAGCUCCCUGCUGAAGGAUGGCGGCAAACUUAGAAGUCUAAACACGGAGUUAAAAGCAGACCCAGCAAAAGACAAGGCCAUUGGUCGCCUCCUUUCUGAAAAGAUUGGCGUCUUUAAAAGAGAGGACAUUAGAAAUUUUGAAAAGUCAGCAUUCUAUGAGGGUCAGGAGAGGAGACUCUCACAUGAGGAAAGUCGUAAACCAGAACUGACAGAUUGGGAAUGGUGCAGAAGCAAGUCUGAACGGACACCAAGACAGCGUUUUGGAGGAGCUUUGGCCAUACCACUGUGUGCAUUCCAAGGCACAGUAUCCCUUCAAGCACCAACUGGAAAAACGCUUUCUUUGUCUACCUAUGAAGUGAGCAGUGAAGGUCAAAAAAUUACACCUACAUCUAAGAAGAUCGAGGUGUACCGGUCAAAAAGCGUAGGUCACGAGCCAAACAAGGAAGACUCCCCCAACCAGUUUCCGGAUACCAAUGUUAAGAUACAUCUUGAAGUUCUAGAAAUCUGUGACAAUGAAGAAGCAAUGGACACUGUAUCUAUUAUUAGCAAUAUAAGCCAAUCAUCUACUCAAGCACGUUCUCCUUCACUGCGCUAUUCUCGUAAGGAGAACCGGUUUGUCUCUUGUGACCUUGGAGAAACAGCAUCUUAUUCUCUGUUCAUCCCAACCAAUAAUCCAGACAGUGACAUCAAUAUUUCCAUUCCAGAUACUGUAGAAGCUCACCGUCAGAACAGUAAACAGCAGAAUGUGGAGAGAGACAGCUACCAAGAGGAAAUACAACUGCUGAACAAAGCUUAUAGGAAACGGGAAGGAGACAGGGACAGUUAAGGCUCUUUUCACACUGCUGUUUGCAGUGUACAUUUGUUAUAUGAACCUGAAAAGCUCUAUACAUUGAACAGAUCCAUAGGCCCCCAUUCACACAACGAAAACCAAAAGAGUGUCUGUUUUACUUCCAUCUAGCCAGUUUAUCUGACAUUACUUUUUUUUCUACUCUUUUUGCUGGAAUGGCGUAGCAGACUGCGUUAUUCCAUUUAGAAGAAUUCAGUCAAAAAUAUAUACAGCAUAGUUGAGUUUUUUCUAAGAUGGGAGCCUAUGGGUAUUGCAUGGCAGUCGGCUGGAUCUAUUAAAUGUAUACAUUCAAUUUUUCUGUUAGGAAAUCUUCCAGAUAGAAAGCUCAGAUGGGCACUGCAGAACACAGUGUGAAAGAGCGCAAGACUGAAACAUGCUCAGAAUAUUAACUUAUCUGUACUUCUGUAUUCACACCAAUUUGUCUAAUGGAACAGCUGAAUGUCUUAAUUGUUUUGUACCUAUUUCGUUUCUUGCAGUACAAUACAAAAGCUGUAAAAUGUCAAGUGUUAUCAACAAAUAUAUAUCACUAUGUUAAAGAGUUUAGCAUUACAAAUUAGAGAAGUUUUGUGCCAUUAAUAAAGAAUUACUGUACAUAAAUCUAAUGCCAAACUGCUGCAUAAAGGGGAACAGAACAUUUGGUGCAGGAAAUCUUAGGCUGGUUAUACAUGGUGACAUUGAGCUGAGGUAACUGAAGGCAGUUUACUACUUUUUAUCAUGUUUCUUUGGUUCCUUCAUUCUUGAAAGUAUUGUCAGAACAUGGCAAAUAGUGGUAGAGGGGUGUAAAAAAAAAAAAAUAACACUACAUUACCUUACAUAUCUCGAUGUGUGCCCAUCCCAUCGCCUCCUUGACUUUUUACCAGGUUCACAGAGAUGGUUUGUUGCAUCAGUCGUGUGUCAAUCCAACACAUCACCAUGCAUGACUGGACAGUACUUUAUUGUGAGCACCACCCUUCACUACUCCUUUAUGCCUGAUAUAAUAUUUUUUAUUUUAUUCUGUUUUCAGCACUUGCACAUUUUGCUACAAAUAAGCAGGAAAUACACAGCAAUAUGGUAGGAACAGUAGUAAUGGUGAAUGUUGACUUUAACCAUGAUCUCUUACACUGCAGGUCCCUUUCCAUGCUGAAAAAAUAAUCAUCCUCUUACCUUCUACAUUGGCGGUUCUGUGCACAGAAAAUCUGACUAUGCAAACAUGGUGUGUUUGCAAUUCUCCAUUAAUCCAGUGUAGUUUGCCUCUGGUAUGUACAGAAACUGAUGUCAUGGUUAAUCUGUGGGAUCACUUGUAGAAUUUGGUGCAUCAAUUGUUGCGUCAGACUUGUCUACGAGUUGGAUUAUAAAAUGUUGACUGCAGUGUUUAUACCGAUCUAAAAUUUUCCCCUUUUAAAUCCUAUGGAGCUCCAGAGCACAAGCAGAGUGCGAUACAUCCAGCAUGCCCACUUACAGUGCCUCAAGUACACAGCAGGGGAUGGAGAAAGUUCUGUAGUCAUUCACAGUAAGGGUAAGAUCACACUGAGGAAUUGACAAGGAAUUUCGGUCAGGAAAUUCAGCAAAUCUGCCAUCUUCUGCUUAACGGGGAAUCGAAAGAGGAAUUUGACACAGAAUUUAGAGAUAAAAUCUGAAGGAGGAUUAGUACUACAACUACCAAUGGGCAGUUGUAGUCUGCAUCAUUUUGUCAGAAAAAAUAGUCUCAUUGACUUCAAGGGGAUUUUACCCACAGAUUCCACCAGAAGAAUGAACAUGUUCAAUCUUCUGACAGUAUAUGAUUUUGUGUCUGCAUUUUCUUCUGAAAAUCCUCAGUGUGAACAGAGUGGCAGAAGGUUCAUUAAAGUGGUAUUCCAGGCAAAAACUUUUUUUUAUAUAUCAACUGGCUCCGGAAAUGUUAC